AUGGGCGAGUGGGGCUUCCUGAGCUCGCUGCUGGACGCCGUGCAGGAGCACUCGCCCAUGGUGGGCCGCUUCUGGCUGGUGGUGAUGCUCCUCUUCCGCAUCCUGGUCCUGGCCACCGUGGGCAGCGACGUCUUCGAGGACGAGCAGGAGGAGUUCGUGUGUAACACUCAGCAGCCGGGCUGCAAACCCGUGUGCUACGACGCCGCCUUCCCCAUCUCCCACUAUCGCUUCCUCGUCUUCCACGUCGUUGUGCUCUCGGCGCCCGCCGCCCUCUUCGUCAUCUUCGCCGUGCACCAGGCGGCCAAGCCGGGGCGCGGGGGGGCUCCCGGCCAGCGCGCCCGCCGCCUCCAGCCCUUCUACGUGGGCAGCGUGGUGGCUCGGAUCGCCGCCGAGCUGGGCUUCCUGCUGGGCCAGGCGCUGCUCUACGGCUUCAGGGUGCAGCCGCUCUUCGUGUGCCGCCGGCGGCCCUGCCCGCACCGCGUCGACUGCUUCGUCUCCCGCCCCACCGAGAAAACCGUCUUCAUCCACUUCUACUUCGUGGUGGGGCUGGUGUCGGCGCUGCUCAGCCUGGCCGAGCUCGCCCAUCUCCUGCGCAAGGGGCCCCCGGCCCGGCCCGGCUGCUGCCACCGGCCCCAGGAGCGGGGCCCGGCGCCGGGACAGCCGGCGGGGGCUGCGGACGGGCCCUGCGGUCCCCACCCGCGGGGAGACCUCACCGUGUGA